GAAAAUCAAAUAACUCGUCCCUGACUUUUUGGUGGGGACAAAAUCUCAUUUAACAAAAAUUAAAUAAACAAAAUUCGAUAGAAAAACAAAACGAGAAAUCUUUUGUUCCCAAUUUUCCCACCCAUCAUCAAAUCUUCCUGAUUCCGGUCAACUGUUCUUUUAUGUAAUAUUAAUCCCCGCAGUUUUCACGAUUUUUUUUUUUUUUCCUGGGUUCGCCCAUUAUUUGUGAAAUCCCCUUUUCUUUCAUUGCAUCGUUCCUAAUCUCGACCUCAAAUUCCUCUCCCAAGUCUUGUUAGCAUCUCCUUCUUUCAAUCUAGAGGAAGCUGAUGAGAUGGGUAUUUUCAUAUUGUAGCAAAUUUCAUGGUUUGGGUUUCAAAAUUUAGGAGCUGGAGAUGUCUACUGAGCAGGAAGAGACUCGGCUCAACAAUGUUUCAGGAACAGGGGCUUGCUUAUUAGACUUAUUAUGUUCAGACCCCUCAACAAGUUGGACUUGCCAAAAGGAAGGACAGACACCUUCUACUGGCGCACAAAGAAGACUUGAGAAUCUGUUGCGUGAAUCUGGCAACAGGUUUUGCGCAGAUUGUGGAUCUCCACAUCCAAAAUGGGUAUCAUUAAGUCUUGGAGUAUUUAUCUGUAUUAAGUGUUCUGGCGUGCAUAGAAGCCUUGGAGUGCAUAUAUCUAAGGUAUUAUCUGUUAAACUAGAUCAAUGGACAGAUGAACAAGUUGAUACUUUAGUAGGCUUGGGUGGAAAUACGCUGGUAAACCUGAAGUAUGAAGCUUCGAUUCCAGAAAACUACAAAAAACCAAAACCAGAUUCCUCCAUAGAGGAGCGCUCAGAUUUUAUCAGGAGAAAAUAUGAGCUACAACAAUUUGUGAACUCAGAUGAACAGCUGUUCUGCCCCUUCUCAGUUCGUAAUUGUAGUUCAACUCCCUAUCCAGGCAGUUAUCUGAGCCAUAAUUCUGGUCCAACCCAAGAUAAGAAACAAUAUGAGAAACAAACAACUAGUCGAAUCCAUGGACUUGGGCAGGCAUUCCGGAACAGCUGGAGAAGAAAAGAAGAGCACAGGCACUCAAGAAAAAACAACUCUCUGGCGGGUAUGGUUGAAUUUGUCGGAUUGAUAAAGGUCAAUGUCGUUAGAGGCACCAACUUAGCUGUUCGGGAUGUAGUGACUAGUGAUCCUUAUGUCAUCCUUACAUUGGGGCACCAAUCAAUGAAGACGCGCGUUAUAAAAAGCAAUCUGAACCCAGUCUGGAAUGAGAGCCUACUACUGUCAAUUCCGGAUACUAUUCCUCCCCUAAAAUUGCUUGUUUAUGACAAAGAUACAUUCUCAACCGAUGAUUUUAUGGGGGAGGCGGAGAUCGACAUUCAACCCCUGCUCUCUGCUGCCAAAGCCUAUGAGAAUUCUGCAAUCCAAGAAGCGAUGCAGCUCGGGAAGUGGGUGGCAAGCAUAGAGAACACCUUGGUGAAAGAUAGUAUCAUCUCCCUGGUGGAUGGGAAAGUAAAGCAGGAAAUCACUCUCAGGCUGCAGAAAGUCGAGAGAGGACUGCUAGAGAUUGAGCUUGAGUGUGUUCUUUUGAGUCAAUAGCAGCAUAGGAAACAAUGAUGUGCUCAUCAGUGUAAUCUGAAAGGCAUCCAAAGCCCUGUCAAGUGUGUUCAUGCAGUUGUUUCCUUUUAUUUAAUGAGAAUGGGAAAGUUCUCCAUUAUCAAACAUAUGGAGUUAUGGAUCCAUAUGUGUAUUUGUAAACAAGCAUGGUUAAAGAAACUCUUCACCGGGCAAGGGCAAGGGCAAGGGCAAGGGCACGGGCACGGGCACGGGCACGAAAAAUGUUAAUAUUGCUUCUUUAAUCAAACCUUUUUUUUCAUUUUAUUCCCACCUGUUGCUUUAGUUUCAAGAAAUGAACAAAUUCAACUCUCAAA